AUGUCCACCACUACCGCGGCCCCUCUCGCCCGCGCCAUCCGUUCAUCCAAACCCCUCCCCUCCAGCCUCCACCAAAUCAGCAAAAACGCACCCAAAGCCAUCUCCCAAACCUCUCCAUCCACCACUCCCUCUUCAUCCCCAACCAAAGUCUUCCACCAAAAGCCCUGGCAGAAAUCCGCUCCUCCUACACCAACAUCCUAUUUCCGCAUCACCCUCACCCGAUCUGCUAUUGGUCUCCCGAAGAAAUCCUCGCGUGUGUUGAAGUUCUUGGGAUUGCAUAAAAGAACGAGUAGUGUGUAUCAUCCUGUUUCUUCCGAUAUUGCAGGACAGAUUAUGAAGGUUAAGGAAUUGGUUGAGGUAGAGGAGACUAAGGAGAAGAGGAGUAAGAGGCAAGAGAGGGAGAGCAGGAGGCCGGAGAGUGGGUUUAUUGUUGAGAAGGAGUUGGAGACGAGUGUGGUUUGA